GGUCACCACCACCGCACUGCCGGCCGUCAACGACACCUACCUCCACCGCCGCCGACGCCACGGACGCGGUGCGACCCGAACCCGACGGCGGCGCGAACGAGCACGCGCGCGCGCAGACCCUCUCACCGGUGCGAGAGCAACAGCAGUCCGUACGUGCGUACCGUGCCCGUCGUUUUUCUGUCGCCGUUCGUCGGUUACCGCCAACACCAAACCAGUGCGUCUCGUUGUGCCAUCGCGUACGGUGUUUUUCUCUGCGUGCGUGCGUGCGUCCGCGUGUCUGCAAAAGUUCAUCUAUGCUUGUGCGCGUGUGUAUAAUACGAUUGUGUGUGUGUGUGUGUGUGUGUUCGUCGUCGUUUAAGUUGCUUUUGUUUCUUUCCUCUUUGGCCGGCACCUUCGCGGUCCGCAUACUAGAUUUCGCGAGAAUUUUCUCGUAUGUCGACCGCGCGACGUACCGCCGUUUAGCGCGUUCGGAUUUAUGUUGCGCCGAAAAGUGCACGUCGUCUUAUCUCGUCGUGUCGUGUACGACCGUUCAGCGUUAGUCCGCAUCGAUUUCGGACGAAAAUACUUAUACGUAGCGUCAAGGUUAAUACCGAGGAUCGGGUAAACUAGAUUAAAAUAGACAACACGGACACGUCAAAAGCCGCCGCCACGGUACUUCACGUCGUGCUGUCGUAUAGAUUAGAAUUGUGAUGGCCGUGACAUUCGGUCAGUGGACGAGUCACUACACGCGCGCAGCGCCGACACCGUUAGUUGCUUGAGGCGCCCCCAAAACGGAGUACGUCACGGGGACGGGGCCAUGCGGCGCCCCCCCAGCACCUUACCAUCAGCCCCUGAUAGAGCAUCACCAGAACCACGUACAACAUCACCAGCUGGUGUCCGCGUCCAACGGACAGUUACGCGGUCAGUCCGGUGCCGUCCCUAUGGCUGUGGCCGCGGUUUCAGCACCGCCCGUCCAGCCCGUCAACCCGCUGAGCACCGUGUACGCGACGAAGAGGCGGCGGCGUAACGGAAAGAGCGUAAAGACGACGCCCAAAGAUGGGGGCGUGGGUAAGAGCAACCCCAGCAAGCGGCACCGGGAACGGUUGAAUGCCGAGCUGGACACGCUGGCAAACUUGUUGCCAUUCGAACACAACAUCUUGUCCAAACUGGACCGACUGUCCAUACUGCGGUUAUCCGUCAGUUACCUGCGCACCAAAAGCUAUUUCCAAGUUACUAUGCACAAAUCCAAAGAAGAACAAGCUAACGUUACCAGCUCCCAGUACCAGCGUUCUAGAACGUGCCCGGAGCCACAUCACUUGUACUUGGAUGGAGACAUGUUCCUACAAGCAUUAAACGGUUUUUUGGUGAUGCUUACCUGUGACGGCGAGGUUUUCUUCGCGACACAUACCAUAGAAAAUUAUCUUGGUUUUCAUCAGUCCGACAUCGUGCACCAGUCCGUCUACGAGCUGGUGCAUUCCGAGGACCGAGAGGAGUUGCAGAGGCAGCUCAUGUGGAACUCGGCCAUACCCACGGAGCCGGGAUCGCCGUCUCCGUCCAUCACGUUGCACGAGGCCUUGCACCCGGAUAACAGCCGUCUGUUACAGCGGAGUUUCACCAUCCGUUUCCGGUGUCUGUUGGACAACACUUCCGGUUUUUUGAGGCUGGACGUUCGUGGACGGAUCAAAGUGAUUCACGGCCAAAACCGCAAAUCAGAUGAACCCCCGCCGCUAGGCCUGUUCGCCCUGUGCACACCUUUCGGACCACCGUCUUUACUUGAAAUACCGCACAAGGAAGUCAUGUUCAAGAGUAAACAUAAACUAGAUCUCAGCCUGGUAUCCAUGGACCAAAGAGGCAAAUUAUUAUUAGGUUAUUGCGAUUCCGAACUUGGUAACAUGGGAGGAUACGACUUGGUCCAUUAUGAUGAUUUAGCAUACGUAGCAAGCGCCCACCAAGAAUUGCUGAAAACUGGAGCGUCGGGAAUGAUUGCAUACAGGGUGCAAACUAAACAAGGCUCAUGGCAGUGGCUUCAGACCAGUUCUAGGCUUGUUUACAAGAACUCAAAACCUGAUUUCGUGAUAGGCACACACAGGCCUUUAAUGGAAGAAGAAGGCCGCGAUCUACUUGGAAAGCGGACAAUGGACUUCAAAGUGAGUUAUCUGGACGCAGGCUUGACGAACAGUUACUUCAGCGACUCGGAACAGCUCCCCGGAACGCUGUCGAACAGCAACGUCACUACAGGCUCCGGCUCGACCGGGACGUCCGGGCAAACGCAACCGUCGCAACCCAGGCGUCGGUACAAGACGCACCUGCGGGACUUUCUGUCCACAUGCCGGACGAAGCGGAAACUAUCGGCGGCCGCGGCCGCAGCUGCAGCCGCGGUACCAACGACAACCCCAGCCGUGGCCAUCGAAUACCCCGCGGCUGUUCAGGCGCCAGCCAUGACGGCUGUGCCGCCGCCGACUGCCGACGUGCUCUACACUAACCUAAACACGACCACGCUCUACACGACCGGACCGUACAACGGAGCCGUGGCCACCGACAACAGUGGGUACCAUCAACCAAAUUUCCAUCAGACCCUCUACGACACUCGGAUACCAUACCUGACGGCCACGGAUAAUCUGUUCCAGUACAGGCCUUUGGGCAACUACUACACCGAUUACCACACGCCAGUCACAACGCCGUACAUGGGCAACGGUUUCUUGGAUAUAAGCUCCAGAGGACCGCCGGUGCAGUGCGGUCUUCCUACGUACGAUCAAUUGACCACUGUGUCGACUGCGGCGGUGAGCGGCCGAGAAUGCGUGGACAAGUUGUAUGGCUCGCCGCCAAUGGUGUCAAUGGAGCACCAUCAGCAACAACAACAGCAGCAUCAGCAGCACCACCAAAACCACCAUCAUCAGCAGCAGCAGCAACAGCAACAACAGAGCAACGAGGACAACAUGAGCAAAUGUCACAUGGAUGUCACCACUGCCGCAGCCGCGGGUCUGCCGUACCUGGUGCCGCUGUGCGACGUCCAGUUCCGGACGAAGAGUUCGUCGUCGCCGCCGGUUCCGAACGGUGUGAAAAUUGAAGACACGAAAUCUGAGUACGGAAUCCAAUCAUCCGACUCGGACGUCCCCAGGCAAACGGUACUCAUGUGGGGCACGUGUAUAGGGGACUCGUCGUCGUCAUCGCCGCCCAACCAAUCUCCGGGCGGCGGCAGUGGCAACGGUGGUAGUAGUAUUAAUGGUGGUGGUGGCGGUAGCGGCGGUGGAGGUCCGACGGGAGCAAGCAGUGGCGGUGGUGGUGGUGUUGUCAGCGUCACCGGUAGCAGUGGCGAUGGUGGUGGUGCAGAGCCAAGGAUGUCGCCGCAGACCAACGGCCACCCGCCGUCGCCGUACAUGCAGCAGAAGAAAAUGUCACCACCCGCGCCGCCACUGCAGCCUCCGACUUCAGGUCCGUCCGUUCCGCUCUGCAAGUCACAUUUACAACCGGACAUACCGGACACGCCGUCCAGCCCAACGGCAGCAGUAGCGGCGGCGGCAGCGGCUGCGGCUGCGUACGCUAACCACCACCACUAUCAUCACCACAACCAGUACCAUCACCACCACCAUCAUCAGCAGCAUCACCUGACCGGGGGCCCUGAGGUAUGGACACCCCCGCACGCGCACCCACCUCCACCGCACCACUUCUAUGCUUAUCACAACCACCACAACAGCAACAGCAGCAACAGCAGCAGCAGCAGCAGCAGCAACAACAACACCACCUCCACCACCACCAUCCGCAGCAGCGGCAGCAACAACAACAGCAGCAGCAGCAGCAACAGCAACAUAGUCGAUGUCAACAGCAGCAACAACAACUAUCAUCAUCACGAUCCGUACCACUAUCACCACAACAAUUACUACCAUCUAUACAAUCACACUGCUCACCACCAAACCGCUGCAAUGCCGGCACCGGCGCAGUAUCCGAGUCCGUCUCAGUCCAGGUUAAAUCAGAGGACCGCAGUCCUCUGCUGUCCAUCUCGGAGGUGACCAACACACUGCUGAACCAGUGAUGACGAUUCAACCGUCGGUGGCGAUCGCGCGAAAGGAUUCGACCUCGCACAUACGGUGGUCCUACAGUACAAUACUUGUGUAUAUCGUCGUGUCGUCCGCACAUCGGUGUACGUAUGCAUAUCGACGUUUACAUAAGGACAUAUAAUAUCAAAUGAUGUCAUGUACUAUCAUUAUUAUUAUUAUAAUAAAAAUAAUUUCUACGAUUUUUUUUCUCCAGAUUUUUGCUCCUCUAUUUUAAUAAUGUAAUUUAUUGCACAAAAACUACUAAUUUUCAUCAAUACAUGUUUUCGUAAUCCACUCCCAAUUAUACGUAACAAUAAAUUAAUAU